UGUGCGUGAAAGAAGAAGCGUGCUUGCGUGAGUUGUUGCCAAACACACACCGACUGUCUUCACUUUUGGAUGUAAGUGUCCUGCUGAAACCACUUUCAAAUCAAAGUUUGUACCCCGCCUGUCACCUACAGCCAGUGUAGCCUACUGCAGAGGUAAUGUGCGCGUGUGUGCGUGAGAUUGCGGUGCGUGGACAGGCAUGUAGGAAAGGAUGCAGACAGUAACAGUUAGGUAGGCAGGGUGUCGACAGGUGACCAGUGAGGAAAACGGGACUACACCUUCACAGCAGUUUGUCGCGUCCUCCGGUGGAACCAGCCGCUUUUCUCCUCGCUUUGACGCGCUUCUCCUGUCCUCAUCGCCGGACUCCACUUCUGUGUUUACCUCGGUAGAAGAAAUGUCGGAGGAAAAAACGGAUAUUCCCAAUGAACUGUUAGAGAGUGUGCGGGAGGCGGUGGGUCGGAGGGUGAAGCUGAUCCUGAAGCUCAAAGUCCAGCAGGAGGUCAAAGGUGACAAGGUGGAGAACAGAGUGCUGGCCUUGGCAUCACAUCGAGCCUAUCUGUUGACAGCGCGGGUUCCUUCCAAGGUUGAAAACUCCUUCAGCUACCUGGAUAUCCAGGGAAUCAGCAGCAACAAGCCCACUCAGUUGGUGUUGGAGUUCGAGCGCGGUCCAUGGAGCCUCCUGCUGGGCUCAGUGGAGGAAGUGGACGAGGUGAUCGCCUACAUCGGCAGCUGUCUGCACCAGAUCUGCCCCGCCGGCUCACCUGUAAAGAUGAUGAGGAAGUUGAGUUUGAAGCCCCCAGAGAGGACGGCGGCACUUCGGGCCAUCUGGGAGGAACAGAGCUCCGCAGAUCUGGGACCCUGCGGCGGUUUUUCUCAUCAGUACUGGUGUGUGUCUGAUUACCUGGGUCUGCCGUACAGAGAGGAGGUCCAGUGGGAUGUGGACACCAUCUAUCUCACUCAGGACACCAGAGAGCUCAACUUGCAGGACUUUAUUCACCUGGAGAACAGGGAUCUGGUAACGAUCAUCGCAGUUUUGGAGUACAACCAGUGGUUCACUAAACUCUCUGCCAAAGACUACAAACUGUCAACAGAUGUGUGCGACCAGAUCCUCAGAGUGGUGGCUCGAUCCAGCCGGCUAGAAGAGCUGGUGCUGGACAACGCUGGACUUAGAAGUGAUUUUGCUCAGAAACUGGCCAUCGCUCUGUCGCACAACCCCGCCUCCACGCUACACACACUCAACCUGAGCAACAACUCACUGGAGGACAAAGGUGUUUUUGUUCUAAGUGCUCAACUUGCCAAACUGCCCAUGGGUCUUAAGUCCCUGAACCUCUCCAGAACCUCCAUGUCUCCUAAAGGUGUGAACAGCCUCUGUCAGGCUCUCUGUGCCAACCCAGCUGUCACCUCCACCCUUACACACCUCGACCUGUCGGGAAACUCUCUCAGAGGCGACGACCUGCCGAAUCUGCACAACUUCCUGAGUCACUCGAACUGCCUGGAGACUCUGGAUCUGUCCAACAGUGACUGCUCUCUGGAGCAGGUGUGUGCGUCUCUGCUCAAAGGAUCUUUGAAGCAUCUUUCUGUCCUCAACAUGUCAAAGACGGUCUUCUCUCAAAGGAAGUGUAAAGAAAUCCCUUCCACCUUUAAGCAGUUCUUCAGCUGUGCUCAGGCUCUGAGCUCGGUCAGUCUGUCGGGGACCAGACUGCCUCUGGAGGCUCUGAAAGCAUUGUUGUUGGGGCUCGGCUGCAACCCGAACCUCAGUGACGUGUCUCUGGAUCUCAGUUGCUGUGAGCUGCGUUCAGGAGGCUCCCAGAUCUUAGAGGGUUGUGUUGCUGAAAUUCCCAACAUCUCCAGUCUGGACAUUUCUGACAAUGGUCUGGACAUGGAUCUGACCACCCUGCUGGUCUGGCUGGCCAAGAACCGCUCCAUCAGACACCUGUCACUGGGAAAAAACUUCAACAACAUCAAGUCCAAAAAUGUGGCUCAUGUCCUGAACAACCUCGUUCACAUGAUUCAAGAGGAGGAAUCACCGCUGACCUCGCUGUCCCUGGCUGAUUCCAAGCUGAAGGCCGACAUCUCCAUCGUCCUCAAUGCACUGGGCAGCAACACCUCUCUGACCAAACUGGACAUCAGUGGAAAUGCCAUGGGAGACAUGGGGGCCAAGAUGCUGGCCAAAGCCCUGCAGAUCAACACCAAACUCAGGACAGUAGUGUGGGACAGAAACAACAUCAGCCCUCAGGGUCUACAGGACGUCGCUGCUGCUUUGGAGAAAAACUAUACCAUUCGUUUCAUGCCUGUUCCCAUCAUGGAUGCUGCUCAGGCACUGAAGGCGAGCCCAGAGAAGACAGAGGAUGCCUUACUAAAGAUGGAGCAGUACCUGCUGAGGAACCAUGAGACGCGUAAAUACCUCCAGGAGCAGGCGUACAGGCUGCAGCAGGGAAUAGUCACCACCACCACACAACAGAUGAUGGACAUGAUGUGUGUGAAGGUGCAGGACCACCUGAACUCUCUGAGGUUCACAGAGAUCAACUCAGUCCAAGAGGACAUGAAGGUGGCGCAGAACCUCAUGAAAGAUGCCCGGAACUCCAAGACACUGCUCCCCAACCUGUACCACCUGAGGGGAGGGGGGUCUUUGGGAACAUAUGUUGGCGCCAUUCAGGACAAACUGGAGUCGAUGGCUGGAGAGGUGUCCAGAGUGAUGGACGAACAGCUGCAGACAAUGCUGGUGUCCAUGGUGGACUCUGCUGAGGGUCUGUGUCCUCACGUGAUGAAGAGGAGCAGCCUUCGCCAAGAGCUGCUGAAGGCUGGAUCGGGGAGAAUGACCAUUCCUCUCGGCUUCGUCACCAACACGCUGCUGGAGCAGUCCGGGGUCGACAUCAUCAACAAGAUCAGUGAAGUGAAGCUGAGCAUGGCAUCGCUUCUGUCUGAUCGCAUCGUGGAUGAGAUCCUGGAGUCUCUGUCCAGAUCCCAGCAUACUCUGGCCGACCAUCUGAUCAAGAAGCCACAGCCUCUGCUGCAUCAGGACCACCCGAUUGAGACGGAGGUUCUGGAUGAGAUUGUUCUGCAACCAGAGAACCACAACCAGGAACAGAAGGAAAGCCUUGACUGGAACCAGAAACAUGAGCUAGAGGAUAUGGACACCUGCAUGAUGAAUCCUAAAUCAAAGAGGAAGAGUAUUCUGGUCAGGAUGCUGCGCCCCGUCUCUGUGGCAUUUGAGCAGGAGUUUGACCUGGACAAGGCUCUGGAAGAGGUUCCUAUCCACGUUGAGGACCCCCCCAUUCCUCCAUCUCCUUCACAGCCAUUGGACAGAAUGUCGGCCUACUACAGCGACCUCCCGCCUCCUCCUACUCCACUGGACACAAAUACUGUCUGUUUGGGUGAGCUGCCGCCUGUGGAGCACAAGACACUGGAGAACUGCACCAAACACCGUCCAAAGCCAAAGAAGAGGACAAAACCCAGCCGACCACAUCUGGAAGCCGCACCAGAAGGGGCAGAGCAGAACAGCAUCAUGGGAAAGCUGGACGAGGGCUUAGAGGACUUCUUCUCCAAGAAAGUCAUUAAACUCAGCUUCAGACUUUCCUCUGUGAGAGGUCCAUCCUCCAGCGUGCAGGAAGCAGCAGAUAAGAAACGUGAAUCCAGGAAGAGCGGUUUCUUUAACCUUAUCAAAUCCAGGACGUCCCGCUCAGAGAAGAGCCACGGAGCCGCCUCCGUCACUCCACCCCACCCUGCCUCCUCCACCAAUACUCCACACCAUUCAUCUAUUAGCCCAGUGACUGAGGAACCAACGCCUCCAUCCCCCACUCCGCCUGUGAAAAACCCCGCCCCUGAGGUGGGGCCCCAUCAGGAGCUGCAACGGGCUAAAUCCUCAGAUCGCACGGAGUCUGAGAUGGAGGUCCCUCUGACUGCAGCUGAACCCGCUGAGGAGGAGAAGGAGAAGAAGAAUGUGGAGAAGAAGGAGAACCUGGAGAAGAAAGAGAAACCCCACAAUCCUCGCCACAUUGGGGUUCCUGUGAUGGGCAUGGACCUGCUGGCUGAGAUGAAGGCCAGACAGGAGAGAAUGGCUGUAAAGAAGUCUGCGUCACCAUCCGUGCAGGACAAGGUGGACGGUAACAAAGCCAAGUCAGACGUCCAUCCCGUUGCCCCAAGAGACGCUGAUGAGCCCAAACCAGAGCUGACUCCCAGGUCGAAACUGCCCUGUGUCGCCUCCAAACCACCACCAACCCAGCCCGCCAAAGUCCAGCUGGCAGCCCACACCUCUGGGCCCCUCACUCCUGCCAGUCCCACCAGUCCAAGGCCGAGCAGCACCCACGUCUCCGAUGGCUCUGCUGAGGCUCCAGCAGGCAGCUCGUCUGCCAAAGCACCAGUUCCUGCUCUUCGCCUGACUAGGACGCUGUCAGAGCAGGAGAGAGGGAGCGCUGGCAGCAACCCUGCAGGACCCCUGUCGCCACAGGACGUCUCGUCUGCCAAAGGACCACUUCCUGCUCUUCGCCUGACGAGGGCGAUGUCAGAGCAGGGGAGAGAGAGCACCAGCAGCAACCCUGCAGGACCCCUGUCGCCACAUGACGUUGAGUUGGAUGGUGAUGCGUUCGAGCCGCCCAGUGCAGAGGCUGAACCUGGUGCCGGUGGCAGACAGUGGUCGUCUCUAAAGAGAUCAGCCAGUCCUCUUGCUGUGAAGGGGGACGACCGAGAGCGAACCAAGUCCCUCCCCGCCUACGUGAAGCCUCUGCCUCUGGCAGACACAGAUCUCAGUCCAGCUGAGGAGAAGAUUCCAUCUCUGGCCGCUGAUAUCAAGUCUGACCACAAAUCCGAGGAUGACUCCGACGACACUCCGUCCGUCUGAUACCAGAUGUUUACAAUCUCUCAAAUCAUUCUCCACUAUACUCUACACCAGACGAGCUUUAAGGUCAAUCACAUACAUACGUUCAAAAGCAGGGACAGUGUAAUUUCUGUCUGUUUUUUUUUUUCACUAUUCCUGGUGAGGCACAUGUAAGUGGAGGGAACACUGUUAAGUGUUAUUCACGUGUCAUGUUGUGACCAGUGGAGCUUUCUGGAUGAGUCCCAGCUGUUGGCCAUAUGGACGCCAAAACAGCUCCAUUACCGUCUCUGUCAACAGCUCUAAUAGGACCAUAAAGAGCAGACCAGAUGGAUUUUAUCUGGUGCAGAGACAAUCUGGAGUUGCUUAGAUAACAAGGUCCAGCUAUAAAAAGCUCAGUUAGUCCAAAGCACUGAGGAGAAUGAGUCUGACUGUCUCAGUAGGUCCAGAUUGAAGCAGAUUGAUUUUACUGUAUUACUGUUCUGCAGGUGAACUAUAGCUGAUAAGUGACGUCUCCCAGCGUGUCCUCUGGAGAUAUGACUAUAAAUAUAAACAACUUCCGAAGUCUUUUCCAAGUCUUUUAUUCAUUCACUCCUUGUCAUAAAAAGUAAACUUAUCCUCAAAUUUAAAAAUGCCAAAGACAUUGAGGAACAAGAAAGUGUUACAAACCCAAGAGAGUUCAAGCUCUCUGCUGCUGUGGCCAGAGUGAACGUAAAGACUGAUUCAAGCUGAAACAAAUGAGUCGGAUCUUUGUUUUACCAAAUUUUUAUGUUAAUAAUAAUAAUAAUAAUAAUAGUGUGUGUGACUGCUAAUGAUGGCGACCUUAAAACUUCUGAAGGUUUUAAUACAUUUCUAGGAAACAGGUGAUGGGAAAUGUUACCUUGACCGUGCAUUGGAAUUGGCUGUAUGUAUAAAAAAAUCCAUAUAUAAUACUGUCAUAUCUUUUAAUUUUAUUAAAUAUAAAGCAAAUCGUUUUUUGUUGUUGAUAUUGCUUGCCUGGGUUUUGCGGGGUUGCUUUUGUAACAUUCAAGUCAUCUGCUUUUUCUGCAGCUUUCAAGGCUAAAAAGGCUAGUAAGUGGGCCUUGAUUUAAGAUUAUUUUGUCAAACUACUAUUUCCAAAAUCAAGAACACAUUUUAGUUUCAGUUCUACAGAAAUUUCUUACACUGUAAAAAAAUGCUUAAUCUGAAUUCUCCCCUCAAAACUUGUAACCUCUUGAAACAACCAAACAUGUUUCCUACAAGUUAAGAUUAUUCCUCUUGUUCCUGUUACAGAUAAUCUUAAUUCUGGUUGUUGAAAUGAGUCUUGUUAUGUUUCUUGAAGACAGAAUAAGAUUGUUGUUACAAAUUCUACAAAUUUCUUGACGGAGGAUCACUAGAACUACUCAGUUGUUGAAAUAAAGUAAAAUCAAGAUUUCUACAGUGUAGAAUCAGAACUGCCGAUUUAAAAACAAAACAAACAAAAAAACUUGCUUAAGUUAAAUGUUGUGUUCUUGUCAUUCGAACUUGUAAAUAUCGUUCAUGUCAACAUCCACAACAGAACAGCUCUGUUCCGAUAUAUCCUCAUCGGUGCCGUUCAGCGCCAGGAAAGGCAAAUGUCCUUCAUUUAGACCUAAUUUAAUGGAUAUGUUGCUUUAUUGUCGGAGUACUGUAUUUUUAAAUCUUACAGGUCCAACUCAGCAACCAUUCAGGCGUCUUGAGUUGUCUGGUGACAUGACCGUGUGUGCAAGUCGUUAACAUGGGAAUCCUUCCCGUAGCUACAGUCCAUCCGUGAUGUGCACACUGCAGAAACCUCAGUGGGUGGAGACAAAAAGAAGCAUUUCCAUUGUGGCUCCACCCACUGAGAUGUAAUUUAAUCAAUUAAAUUAUUUCUUUGCAAUAAAAAUACUGUGGUUUUCUUUCCACACUUUUCAACAUAAGUCAGUUUCUAUUUCCUCAGAUUCAUAUUUAACAUCUAACUCUGCUCUCAACACUGCUGCUGUAUCCUCACCUUUACACACGGCUUAUUACAUACUGAUUUCUAUUACGCAUGUACUGCUGCACUUACCCAUGCAAUAUGUAUCCGUGUAAAUAUGUAAAUAUGUACUAACAUUCCUGUGGGUUCUGUUUAUAAGAUAAAUGGGGUUUAUAUCCUUUUUAUGCUGUAUUAUGAUCAGCGAAACAUGCUGUUGAAUCUGCAUGGAUUUCCAUUUAUGAUACAUGGUGAUGGUUUUCAUUUUAUGGGAAAAUAUUUUUGUCAUUCAUUUUGAAAAAUUCAGCUUUUAAAAAAAAUCUUUUAUAAAUAAUGUGUUUUAUUGUUUACAUGCUAGUGGACCUACAAGCCUAGAAAUGUGACAUCAUAUUUCUGUAUUUGUAUGUUUAUACCAAUAAAUUCUGAUUUACUGUUCA